CCGUCCUCGACAUCCGUCGCGUCUCCCCAGCACCAUCACGCCCCGCACUCGCACCCAACACCACGAUAACCAUGAGCAAAUACUACGAUAUCGAUGCCAUCCUAACCGACGCCCAAAAACUCCCCUGCACCUUCGAACACGACGUCCCGGGCCUGGGCUACCUCGAGUCCUCAUCGAGCAGCCCGGACAUCAAAGCGGGCACGCGGCUGCAGCUCCCUGUCUGGCUCGCCGAGAUGCUAGCGGUCUCGCAGCGCCUGGGCACGCUGUCAGACGUGAUCACGCUGGACAUACCUGUCGCACUCUCUCCGCGCGUGCAGAAUGCACUCAAGGCCGAUCCUAGGACCGUCGAGCUGCGGAGUUUGGCUACGCACUUUUAUGGUCUCGGAGAACGCGUGCUGGGACUGUUUGAGGAGGAGGUGCUGUGCGAUGUGCUUGUCUCGACGUACAAGCUUAGAGCAGCUGAGAUCGCGGAUCUUGCGCAUAAUCCGCAGGGUGCAAUGGGCGGCGAGGCGGGCGCGUUCCUGCGCGGGCUAGAUGAGGAGGAGAGGCAGUUGUUUCGCGUUGCCCAUGAGAGCUCGAAGGCGAUCAAGAUGUAUCUCGGAGGUGGGGAGAAGAAGAAGUGAUAUAGGUAAUACGGUGCCAAUGCGAUUCACGACGAUACGAGCUACAUACUUGCCUAUAAACGGAACGGGUU